CGGAAGUCGGUGACGCACCACUACACACAGCUGCUCAGCGGGGACAAUGAAAUAAACACAAACGUCGUCAUUCGGUGCCGAUCACAGCGGGUGAGUGAGCGUGUGCUUUCUUUCUUUUAUUAUUAUUUUUUUUAUUAUUCUUUGUGUGUGUGUGUGCGCGUGUGCGUGUGUGUCAUUAGGAAUACGGAGCUACGUUUGGUCCGGUGCAGUUUUGUGCGCGUCCACACCGAGGCUCCUCCGUCUCCGCUGCGCCUCCUCUCGCUGCUUUAUUAACCGGGAGGCGGCUGUCGGAGGGGGGUCGCUCGGUCGCUCGGACGUGCGUCUGGACUGUGCUGGGAUGUGAUAGUAUGAGAAUUCUUCUUUUUUUUUUUUGGUCCCCCCCAAAAUUUUUUAUUGCCUGCUGUAGAAGCCGACAGUCGGUUCUCUCUUCCCCCCUCUCCUCUCCUCUCCUCCUCCUCCUCCCCUCCAGCGACGGAGCCUGUUGUGAUUAAAGGGUGGUGCGGGGAAGGCGUCGUAGUUCGGACCAUCAUGCCCUUUGCUCCUGCAGCGGGAAAGGAAGUGUGUGUGUGAGCGUCCCUGGUUGGAUCUGCUGGGAUGAACAUGCCACUGCACCAAAUCUCUGUCAUCCCCCGUGAUGUCAACCAAUCGCGGAUGCCGGGCAGCGGGAAAGCGAAGGACAAGGACAAGCAGAAUGAAAAGCCUCUGGGUCAUUCGGCAAGCAGGUCCAGCAAUAUCUCAAAGGCGGGGAGCCCGACUUCAGUCAACGCUCCAUGCAGUUUCUCGAGGACGUCGGUUUCCCCCUCGAGCCAGGACAUCUGCAGCAGUCAGGAUCAGGACGCUCAGAAGCAGACUGCAGUGGUUCUGCUGAAUUCUAACGGUAAAACCUGUCAAGGGUCAGGAGGUAUUUCAGUGACCACACUCUGCACAGAUGCCCUGCCGGCCUCCAAACACGCCAAACAGCGAGACUGGCUCUCCCUGCUCCGUCCACCCUCCGUCAACAUCCGGCCCCACAGCUCGCUCAGGUUCUCGGUGUCUCUGAACGACGUGGGCCAACGUGUGGACAGCCUUUGCCGCGGCCUGCACUUCAUAGAUCGCACAUGCUCCGAGGGCGAGCUGGAGCUGAAGCCGGAGCCUGCUCAGGUUCCCGGCUCGAAUGGAAGGGCACACACACUCAACGGCAAGCCGCCCACUGCCCCCACGCAGCAGAGCCCCAAUCCCAGCUUCUCAGCACACACCCACCCCCACCUCGUCCCCUCCUUCACCAACAACUACAAAUACAUGCUGGGCAUCCCUCCCGCCGAUUGUUCCCCAUCCGACCCUGCUGUCAGCACCCCUCCCCUCUCCGUCACCCACCUCCACCCUCAUCCUUCCCCGAACUCCAACUUCCUGCGUCUCCUCCUUCCUUUCUCUCGAUCCUCUACAUCGGCCAGCAUGCAAUUCUCUGAGCUGGGCAGCUACGGCUCCCACCUCCACAUCACCAAGUCCUCUAGUGUCCUGCUGGAAGGCAGUGAGUCAGGGUUCCCCCCUGAGGAUCUACUGGGAGAUGACGACGUGUUUGAGGAGGACCAGCCCAGUCCAGCUCCGAAGGGGACGGAGCGGCCACCGACCCCAGAAACGGUCACUGCGGCCGGGCUGAAUGCUCUUCUAGCCCCGCUGUGCUAUAUGGACGAGGACAGCGACUUGGACCGCUGUCCGUCCCCUUUGUCAGAGAAAACAGGGCCGCUGUCACCCUAUUCGCUAUCAGGGGACUGCUGCAGGAUUUGUCACUGUGAAGGGGAUGACGAGAGUCCUCUGAUCACACCAUGCCACUGCACGGGGAGCCUGCGCUUCGUCCACCAGGCCUGCCUACAACAGUGGAUCAAGAGCUCUGACACUCGCUGCUGUGAGCUCUGUAAAUAUGAGUUCAUCAUGGAGACCAAGCUCAAACCGCUGCGUAAGUGGGAGAAACUACAGAUGACGGCGAGCGAGAGAAGGAAGAUCAUGUGUUCGGUCACCUUCCACGUCAUCGCCAUCACCUGCGUGGUUUGGUCGCUCUACGUUCUCAUCGACAGAACGGCAGAUGAAAUCAGACAAGCCGGAAGAAUCCCAGGGAUCCUUGAAUGGCCUUUCUGGACCAAGCUUGUAGUGGUGGCCAUCGGCUUCACAGGCGGACUGGUUUUCAUGUACGUCCAGUGCAAAGUCUACAUCCAUCUAUGGAGGAGACUCAAGGCUUACAACCGGGUCAUUUACGUGCAGAACCGGCCAGACACGUGUAAAAAGCUGGUGGCGGAGAAGCAGAUUCACAUGGAGCCCAGUCUGGAGAGCAAGGAGGCUCUGGCCCCCACCCAGUCAGACACAAACUCGUCCCAGUACACAGAGACAGAGGACUACAGUAUGGAGGUGCACCACGUCUGACAGCUCGGUCCACGCCAACGGUUGUCCUGCUCGCACGACACACACGAACCAGGCCCACAGUGAAGAGUAGCGGUCAUGGAAAUGCUCGGUGACUGAGGAACAACCAGACAUUCCCCUUCCUCUGAUCCCAGACUUGACCCACUGACCUCCUGCGGUCAGCUUAUAUUCCCCAAACUCCAUCCACAAAGACAGACAGACCGUGACUCUAUCUUCCUUUGUCCACAUUCCACCAAUCAUACGUUAUUACUCUCUUCCCCCCCUCGAUCCACACUCCCACAUCUUACCUUUUACCAAGACUGUUUAUACUGAGUUCUGUAAAUGUCUGAAGAGGCCUGGAGCACACAAACACACACACACACACACACAUACAUACACAAACACACUUGUAUGUACACUUCUGGGAGUGCAGGACUGAGACAAAUGGACUCACAAACGGCUCCGGAGGUGGACACGUCUUGGACGCGUGGUUUGUUUGCUUGUGGGUUUGUUAGAUUUGUUCGUUUUUACCUCCUGUUAGUCUCGGGCUAACCUGCCGUGGAUCAGUAUGUAGCGCCGUGCAUCGGAUCUCUGGAAUACUCCAGCUACUGCCAUCUCUGUCGCUGUGAUCUGUCAGCCCCGCGCCGGUCUGGAUCCGACCAGGCCGUUAUCUGAACAUGCAUCUAAGCACUUUUAUUUUUUUAGUUCCCACAACACAUCCCCUCCCUUCCUCUAGUUCCUUUCUUUCUUUCAUAUGACCUGAAUCUUGUAUGUUGUACGUGGGGAGAGAGCACACUGAAAACAAACCUUUCCUCAAAUGCACAUAUACUUACUGAUCGACCCUGGAUGAAAAAAAAGGAAUUGGGGGUUUAAAAAAAAAAAAAAAGGAGCCGUGGUGAAAGAAUCACAUCAGUGAGUGUUGAUCAUGUCAGUCUCAUAGUUCUAAUGCAGAUAAUGGAAAAUCCAGCCACAUGACUUCUCUACCCCAACAUGAACUUUCUGAAGGCUUUGAGAAUGUAAACUUUUUAAAAAAUGCUUAAAAAAAAUAAAUAAAUGAAAGCUACAAAAAAAUAAAAAAAAAGAAGAAUUUUUUUUACUGGUCACAGGAAAUUGCGAGAUAAUUUCCAUGUCUUGAGAUCGUAAUGCGAGCCUUUGGGCGUAAACAGUGUCGCUUGUUUUUCUAUCAUGCGAAUGACACAGUAUUUACAGUGUGAUAUUCCAUGUGCAGUUUUUAAUAUGUUGAUUUGUUUGCUUAGUCAUGGGAUAUGCCUUGAGAAAUCCACAGCUGCGUAGUUUCAGUUCCUUCCUCCAGUCGCUCCCGCUGUGCAGGCCGUGCGUUAAUUGAACCUUCGCAGCGAGUCUUGAUUAAAAACCAGACACACUGUAGCUGCGGCUUUUCAAGAUCCGCCUCAUUUUUGCUCUGCGGGUCAGGACCCGCGCAUUUAUAGUCCAUCAUCAAUUAUUUAUGUGUAGAAAGAAACAAAAGGUGGCAGAUGUGGUGUUUAGAUGUGGCAUAACAGAGCAUUUCAGAUGAGCAACAGCCUCAGCUUCAGUGUGUCUUGUUUAUGUUCCCCAGACUGUCUAUUUCAGUACCUAGUCACAAGACAGCCAGCACGUUGGCCCUCAUUUGAUUGUUUCUCUCACAUCUGGUCUCAUGUGGCUCAAAUAAGGCACAUUUUCUCAAAUUUACUCCAUUCAUUCAGCAUUGAGGAUGAUUUUUGUGUCACUGUAACAUUCUACUACUAUAAGAGCAUCUCCCCCCCCGACCCAAAAAACCCCCCUGAUGUAACACAUCCAUGGAUCUCCUGCGACUGAGUCAGUCUGUGUCAUCGCUUAUUGAUGAGCCGACUGGAUCGCCGCCUGCUGGCGUGAAGCUGAAGGUGCAGUCUGAGAUAGGCAGCGGUUGAUUUCUCGGGGCGACGUGUUUUUUCGGGCUUACAGUCAUUGUGAGUGCUUUUGUUAAUGUGGGAGCACAGCAAUGCCAGGCUCAUGUUGAGCCUCACAGCCAUUCCAGCAACACACACAUUUUUAAAACCUGUCUUUGAUACUAGUUAUACUGUCUGUGAACAAUGAUGGUCCAACAACAUACCUGACAAUUACUGCUCUGCAGCAGCAAUAAAUGAAAUCAGCGCUUUGUGUUUUUGGUUUUUUGCAAGAAUGCAUACUGUAUUAAUGUAUAUGCCCCACGGUGACUUGAGAUCUGGAGUCUAACAUAAUUUUAAUACAAAAUGAGCCGAGGGAGUUGUUGCGUGUCAAGUUGGAUUAAGACCUAGAAACGACAAGCUUCUCUGAAACUUCAAUACCCAGGAGGCUCUGUGCAAUUAGACAGAUAAAAAGUGCAAUUACCCUUUUGUUGUUAUUCUAGUCUACAGUUAUGUACUGGUGUUUAAUGUCCAGGGUGUCCUCUGGAUAUAAAUUUAUUUUCUUUAUUUUGUGUUGUAUUUAUUUUUAACAGAAAACAGUACAGUUCGUUCAUUUAAAAAGAAGAAAAAAAACCCCUUUCAUUAGUAAUUUUAUGCAACUUACACUUAGUUUUUGUUUUCCCAGGCAUAAAUACCAGAAAAUCACUUCCGCUCUUUGUUUUGCACUUAGUUUGUCGUUUAGAUAUUAGAGUUGUGAAAAAGUUUGAUUACUCGACCUUGACGUAAAUAUCUGUUCUACCUUCUAGCUUUUUAAAUUGCCUGUUAAAUUAGUUUUAAACACGCAGACGAUACUUAAUUAAGCACAGCAUCGAAUUUGAACCUACUUUUCACAUUCAAACAAAUCGAAAUAUACAAAUGUUUCCCCACGAGAUGGAAGAUUAAAGAUGGAUUUCAGAUUGUGUUUUCUGUUUAGUUUUUUACUUUCUACUCAUAGGAGCUGGCUCCUUUUAUGAAGUCUGACGCAGAAGUUUUGAUAUAGUUCUGAUGAAGAUUGAAGCCACUUUAGGACGCUUCCUCUCUGAGCUUUUUCAUUCUUCCUUUCUUCAUGUCCGUCACCAUGAAGUGACUUUCUCGGCCUCAGUAUUUUAGGCAUAAGUCGAGAUUUUUCUGUCUGUCUUUACACUGUCACCUGCAUUAUUUUCUUUUUUUUAACCAUGUCUGGGAAUAGUGUAACUUGCAUAAAAGCUACAUUUGUUUACUACUGACUGGACUUGAACAUAUACGACUGUUCCCCUGUCUUAUGAUAUCAUUCCACAAGUUUGUCUGUGAAUUUACUUUGAAAUAGUAAUGUAAAAAUUUGGUAAAAGUACUUAUGUUUUUAAAAAAAAUAAAAAAAAAUUGAUGUGUUUUCA